CCCCCGCAGGGGCGGGGCAGAAGCAAGUUACUAAUUCAUUCCCCACUCGCUCUUCGGUUCAGAAGCAGCCUGGCGGACACUGGAGCCACAAUGAAGCCCCCAGCCGCUGUCCGCACCUGCGGCUUCAUGCUGGUCCUGCUCUGGCUGCUGGCUGUCCUCCAGCCCAACGCUGCCCAGAAGGAUGGCAUCGACAUCUACAGCCUCACUGUGGACUCCAAGGUCUCAUCCCGGUUUUCCCACACGGUCGUCACCAGCCGGGUGGUCAAUAGGGCCGAUACUGUGCGGGAGGCCACCUUCCAGAUGGAGCUGCCCAGGAAAGCCUUCAUCACCAACUUCUCCAUGAUCAUCGACGGCGUGACCUACCCAGGGAGCAUCAAGGAGAAGGCUGCAGCGCAGGAGCAGUACAGCGCGGCAGUGGCCCAGGGCAAGAGCGCUGGCCUCGUCAAGGCCGCCGGGAGGAAGACGGAGCAGUUCCAGGUGUCGGUCAGUGUGGCUCCCUCUGCCAAGGUCACCUUCGAGCUGGUGUAUGAGGAGCUGCUCAGGCGGCAUCUGGGGGUGUAUGAGCUGCUGCUGAAAGUGCAGCCCCAGCAGCCGGUCAAGCAUCUGCAGAUGGACAUUCACAUCUUCGAGCCGCAGGGCAUCAGCUUUCUGGAGACAGAGAGCACCUUCGUGACCAACGAGCUGGUUAAUGCCCUCACCAUCUCACAGAACGCGACCAAGGCUCACAUCCUGUUCAAGCCAACGCUCUCCCAGAAGCAAAAGUCCCCGAAGCAGCAGGACACAGUCCUGGAUGGCAACCUCAUCAUCCGCUAUGAUGUGAACCGGACCCACUCAGGGGGCUCCAUUCAGAUUGAGAAUGGCUACUUUGUGCACUACUUUGCUCCCGAGGGCCUCUCCACAAUGCCCAAGAACGUGGUCUUUGUCAUUGACAAGAGCGGCUCCAUGAGCGGCAGGAAAAUCCAGCAGACCCGGGAAUCCCUAAUCAAGAUCCUGGAUGACCUCGGCUCCAAAGAUCAGUUCAACCUCAUCGUGUUCAGCGGGAAAGCAGCCCAGUGGAAGCCUUCCCUGGUGCCAGCUUCAGUGGAGAACGUGAAUGAGGCCAGGAGCUUUGCUGCCAACAUUCAGGCCUUCGGAGGGACCAACAUCAACGACGCGAUGCAGAUGGCCGUGCAGCUGCUGGACAGCAGCAACCGGGAUGAGCUGCUGCGUGAGGGGAGCGUCUCCCUCAUCAUCCUGCUCACUGACGGCGACCCCACCGAGGGGGAGAUCAACCCUGCAAGGAUCCAGGAGAACGUGCGGGAAGCCAUAGGUGGCCGGUACAACGUCUUCUGCCUGGGCUUCGGCUUCCAUGUCAGCUACGCCUUCCUGGAGAAGCUGGCGUUGGACAAUGGCGGCCUGGCUCGGCGCAUCUAUGAGGACUCGGACUCUGCCCUGCAGCUGCAGGACUUCUACCAGGAGGUGGCCAACCCAUUGUUGACGGCAGUAGCCUUCGAGUACCCAAGCAAUGCCGUGGAGGAGGUCACGCGGGAAAACUUCCAGCUCUUCUUCAAGGGCUCGGAGAUGGUGGUGGCCGGGAAGCUCCGGGACCAGAGCCCUGAUGUGCUGUCAGCCAAAGUCAGUGGGCAGACGCAUACACAGAAUAUCACCUUCCAAACUGAGGCCAGCGUGGCAGAGCAGGAGGGGGAGUUCCGGAGCCCCAAGUAUAUCUUCCACAACUUCAUGGAGAGACUCUGGGCGUACCUGACUAUCCAGCAACUGCUGGAGCAAAGUGUUUCUGCAUCAGAUGCUGAACGGCAGGCCCUUGAGACCCGAGCUCUCAACUUAUCGCUGCACUACAGCUUUGUCACUCCUCUUACAUCUAUGGUGGUCACCAAACCUGAAGGCCAAGAACAGUCUCAAGUUGCUGAGAAACCCACGGAAGACGAAAAUAGACACAAGAAUGUCCACUCAGGUCACACUCGCUUCGGAUCUCAUGUCAUAGGAGGUCGACAGUCCAGAAUAACAGGAAUCAGCCAUGCAGAGCCUUCCCUUGCCCAUAGAAGAAGAUGGAGUGCACAAGCUGGAGUUUCUGGCAUCCCGCCAAGUUUCGGAUUUCCAGUUCUCAGCUCCUCAAAGAUGCGUGGACCCCCGGGACCUCUGCAUCCUCCUGAUUUUGCUCUUGUGACCUGGGAAGAUGUGCUACCAACCUCAGCAUUCUCGCCAUCAGCCACCUCAAAUCCUGGACAAGCUAUAUCACAUGGUGUGGAUAUAAAAAUCAAAGAAACAAGCACGACAGCCCCAGCCCCAGGUAAGUUGCCAGCCCCUCAGCCCCCUUCCCCACCCUCGUCCCCCAGCCUGCUCUCCCUGCCCCAGGAGCCAUGCACCGCUGUCCCAGCCCCCAUCCAGGCUCCUUCCGUCAUCCUGCUGCUGCCUGGGCAGAGCGUGGAGCAGCUCUGUGUGGACUUCAAGCGCUCUCAGGGGCCAGUGAACCUGCUCUCAGACCCCGACCAAGGGCUUGAGGUGACUGGCCAGUACGAGGAGAAGGCGGCUGGGUUCUCAUGGAUCGAGGUGACCUUCAAGAACCCCCAGCUGCGGGUUCGUGUGUCCCCUGAGCAUGUAGUGGUCACUCGGAACCGAAGAAACUCUGUGUACAAGUGGAAGGAGACGCUGUUCUCAGUGAUGCCCGGCCUGAAGAUGACCAUGGACCAGAUGGGUCUCCUGCUGCUCAGUGGUCCAGACAAAGUGACCAUCGGCCUGUUGUCCUGGGAUGGCCCUGGGGAGGGGCUCCGGCUCCUUCUGCGUGACACUGACCGCUUCUCCAGCCACAUCAGCGGGACCCUCGGGCAGUUUUACCAGGAGGUGCUCUGGGGGUCCCCAGAAGCGUCAGACGACAGCAAACGCACACUGAGGGUUCAAGGCAAUGACUACUCUGCUACAAGAGAGCUCAAGGUGGAUUACCAGGUGGGGCCCCCAGGAACAGAGAUUUCUUGCUGGUCCGUGGAGCUGUAGUUCUGGUGACAGGAGCUAUGCAUGCUAUGUACGCUUGGCUGCCACCCUGCAAAUGCAGGGUCACCUGUGGGCCUGGACCACGAGGGGGGAAGGGAUUCCCACUCAUUAGAAAUAAAGAAAGGAGAUGCGAGCACA